GAAAAUGAUUAAACCGACUGCCAGCAGGAAUGCAAGUCGCUAUCAGAUCCAACAGUUUCAGUGUGUGUGUGUACAUGACAUUAGGUGAAGGUCUAAAUGAGGGACACUGACCCAAAUUUUAAAUAAAGACACCAGAGCAUCUGACCAACACAGAGAUGAGAGACAGCAACAGAACAAUGUGGAAGAUUUCUUGUCCCACUUUCUUGUUUUCUUAAGAGGACCGUUUGUAAAAUACAGAGCUUUGGAUACAUUCUUCAACAGAGUUAGUCCUAAAAGCGUUUUUUCUGACUCCGUUAGUCUGAUCCAGGCUGUGCCAUUCAUCUGCAACACGACAGCUGCCACUAUGUUAAGGACUGAGGAAGCAGUCAGAGUCUGAUCCAGCAAGCAGAAAAUAUAUUUCACAACUGGAGUAGCAGUAGCAGCAGGUUACACAGAAAUACCAGUGGUGGACACAAUCUGCACUGGCUGCAGGCUACAUCUUUUCCUUCUGCCUCCUCAUCGUCUGCAGCUGCAACUUCACCACCUGCAGCAAAGGAGCAUUAUUAAAUCUUCAACAAAUUCAGAGUCCGGCUCUCCCCUAACCUGCAGAAAUCUCAGAUCUCCGUCUUUGCUGCUGUUGACAUGGCAUCACUAGCUCUGGAGCUGAUGGGCUUCUUCUUGGGCCUCCUGGGCAUGUUGGGAACCCUGGUCGCCACGGUGCUGCCCUACUGGCAAAUUUCUGCUCACAUCGGCUCUAACAUAGUCACGGUUGUGGCAAACAUGAGGGGCCUGUGGAUGGAGUGCGUCUAUCAGAGCACAGGGGCCUUCCAGUGUGAGACCUACAACUCCAUGCUGGCUCUGCCGGCAGACCUCCAGGCUUCCCGCGCCCUCAUGGUCAUCUCUGUCGUGUUGUCCGUCCUUGCGAUUGGCAUGGCGUCUCUAGGGAUGCAGUGCACUCUUUGCUUGGAGAAUGCGGGGACGGUUAAGAGUCGUGUGGCUGGAGCUGGUGGGGUUUUGUUUCUCGCUGCAGGUUUCCUGUCUCUGGUACCCGUGUCAUGGACCACGCAUGAGGUCGUCCAGAGCUUCUACAGCCCAAACAUACCAGCCGGCAUGAAGUACGAGCUCGGCGAGUGCCUGUACCUCGGCCUGGCCUCCGCGCUCAUCUCCAUGCUGGGUGGCGGACUGCUGAGCGUCUCCUGCUGUGUGGAGGAGGAGGGCGGCAGGGGGAGGCGGCAUGGGUUAGGAUAUCCGUACCCAGUUGGAGUUGGGAUGUCUGGCACAGGCGCUCGGACAACUUCACAGACCUACCGCCACCCCACCCUGCAAAUGGGGGCCGUCAACACAGCCAGCAGGGGGCAGACAAUGGUCCGAAGUACUAGUACCUCAGAGUCCAGCGCUCAGGGGGCCCCAGGAGCUAAGAAGCCCACUGCAGCAGGAUAUGACAUCACAGGAUAUGUGUAAUACGGUUCCAAUACUCCGUGAACUAAAUGCCAAACACAACUUCAGAUUAUGUAAAGGUAUAUUGAAUAUGGAGGGAGCAGUUUAGUGGACUUUUGAAGUUAUUUUCAUUGUAUCCAUGAAGUUAUUUUCAUUGUGAUGAAAGUGGUUUCUUUAAAGGAGAAGCACAGUGGCCCUGAAGUUCAAACCUCAUCGACAAAUCACUCAGACCUACCGCUUCUGUUUUGUUAAAGUCAUUGUGUUUUCUAAUUUGUAACUCUGCUGAGUUAUUGAUGUGUGUGUUUUUUUUUAAAAUAUAUUAUUAUUGUAUAUAGUUAAAGUUGUGUUUUUAAAUUUGUAGAUUUGCUGAAGUGGUUUGCACUUCAGGGCCACCGUAGAACAAAACUUCUGUUUCCAAAUCAGUUGGAUUUAAGUCAGACUUCCUGGAUGAUUGGGAAUAUUUCAUAUUGUCAAAACCUCCAAGGUGUUUUUUUAACGUUUAUUUCAGACCUUCUACAAGAACAAAGCAAUCAGAUGGCAAGACAACGAAGCAGAGUCAGCAAAAAAAUAAAUAGCAGAUUAAUAAAUGUUCCAGGCUUCCCCUCUGCCUGUGAUUCAUCAGUAGGGGUGGGCGAUGUGGACUUAGAAUUUUUAUCUCAGAAAUUUGUGGUAUUAUUGUGAUAACAUUAAAAUGUAUGCUAUAAAAUUUCCACUAACUACCUUUUUUAGGUAACUGCAUUGAGAAUCCAACACAAAUAUUGAUCUUAAAAAAACAUUCCCAUUUGAAAUAUGGAAAUUGUGAUUUAUAUCACAUAACUGCACACAGCAGCAGAAUUUACUGACAUCGGUGGCCUUGUGGAACAAACUAUAGAGAAAACAGUGAAAAUAAAAUUUCCAGUAAUACUGUUAGCGUUGUUUUUUAUUUCUCGUUAAUUGAAAUUUAUUGAGACAAUGAUAAAUCAAAAAAAAAUUCUUAUAAGAAGCUUUUCACAAUAAAUGAUAAAUGAUAUAGGUCGUUUAUCCUUAUUCAUCAAUUUCUUGUUGAAAAAAUUGUAGAUAGAAGUAAAUACUUAUAUAAUCCCACCCACUUUGUCUUUAGACAUCUUUCCUCUACUUAACAUCAGUAAAAACAAUAACAAUGAACAACUAAUGAAUUACAUUACAAAUAAAAUUAAAAUGUAUAGUAAUACAAUAAUUCUAUUUAACAUUCCGUUCUUGUCCUCAUUCCUAUACUAAACAAAAAACAUCCACGUGUAAUUUGAACAGUUUUAAGCUGUCACACUGCUUCAGCUGCAUCUUGUUGUAUGUGCUGGUAAUACUGUUCAAUUGAACCUGCCCCUCAAGUGAUUCCUCCCUCACGAAGCUUGAAUAUUUUCCUGUACAUUUCUUGGUAAUAGAUUAAAGUAAAGUCUUAUCUUGCCUUGCUUUUCAAAAAAA